CCUAAGGUGAAAAAUCAACAAACAAUGUCAGAACACCAAACAUGGCCAGAACUAGAGCUACCCGACUUAUUGUUUACCGACCCAGUGCGAAAAAUCCACGCAGAUGUUGAGAACGAUUGGGACCCGCUCCGGCAGUCGGCGUGUCAGACGGCCGCCGGAAGGGCUUUGUGGAAGCACACGGUGAAUGAUCCGCUUGCGGAGUUACUUGCGGGAGAAGUUUACCUGAGGGGGUUUUACGAGAAGGUGAAGAAGGAUAGGCUCAGCAAUGCUAGGGAAGUGUCUGGAGUGAUUCUCGCUGUAAGGACCAUGUGGUUUGAUGUGAAGAUUGAAGAGGCGAUCAAUUCGUUUUACGGGACUGGCGGAGCGCAGGUUGUUCUUCUUGGUGCAGGAAUGGAUGCAAGGGCGUACCGCUUAAGCUGCUUGAAAGAAAGUGACGUUUUUGAGGUAGACUUUCCAGAAGUUUUGCAAAUGAAAGCCACAAUUCUACAAGCAGCAGCUGAAUCAACAAAUUAUUGCCAACACACAACAAUGACAGCAAAAUCUCUAAGUAGAGUGGCAGCUGAUAUCACAGAUAAAAACUGGCUCCAAAAGCUUCAGAAAUCAGGAUUUGACCCUGAUAAGAAUACGGUGUGGGUUUUGGAAGGCAUCCUUUACUACCUCUCCAGCUCACAUGCCAUGGAAGUACUGAAGACCAUUGCUGAAAAUUGCACUAUUACCCAUACAGUCCUAUUAGCAGAUUUCAUGAACAAGCCAUCAAUCACUCUCUCUAGCUCUAUGUUCCAUUUCUAUAGUGAUUGGCCAGACCAUCUCCUUCCCUCCCUAGGGUUUUCGGAUGUCAAGCUUUCACAAAUUGGUGAUCCAGAUGCUCAUUUUGGGCUGUUGCAUGAUCCGGUUAAUCUCUUCAACAAGCUUCGAGGGUUGCCCAGAUCACUUCAAACCCACCCGGAUGAUGGAACGCCGUGUUGUCGUUUGUAUUUGGUGAAGGCCUCUGGUUCACCAAAUUGAACCUGUCCGUAAAAUAGCCAAUUCCCAAUACGUUUCUAGGUAUUAUACAUGUCUAACUCCGGAUCAUAUUUUUAGGCAUCAUUCUUUUUAGUGUUGCCAGUUGCCACAAUAAGUACAGAAUUGCAUUCGCACGAAAACUGCAAUGUAGCGUUGUUCGGGGAUUUUCAAAGCAAGUCAUACAGCGACAUUUUGAAUUUGUGGACAAAA